AUGCCUGCCGAACAAGAAUGGCUCACCUUUGCACGAUGGGGUGAACAAUGGGGCACGUGUCGUUCCUCCUGCUUCAUUCGUCCCCUCCUGAUCUACCAAUAUGCAGGCGAUAUUUGCUCCAUUACGGUACUAGGCCAACCCUUGAUCAUACUCAACUCUGCCAAGGCUGCUUUCGAAAUGUUGGACAAGAAGAGCGCCAUCUACUCCGAUCGACCCGUACUUCAAAUGGGCGGCGAGUUAGUCGGAUGGAAGAACACACUUGUGUUGCUUCCUUAUGGCGACCGUUUUCGACGAUACCGGAAAUUCUUCCAUCAAUCCAUUGGCAGCUUUCAUGCUAUGAAGCGCUUUUUGCCUCUGGAAGAGCGCGAGAUGCGGCGUUUUUUGCAGAAACUAAUUGCAAAACCAGAUGACCUAGCUUCGCAUAUACGAUGGACGGUUGGAUCGGUCAUCCUCAAGGUUUCACAUGGAUAUGAUGUGAAGGAGAUUCGUGACCCAUUCGUGGAGCUCGCUGAACGCGCUACCGAGCAGUUUGCACUUGCCACUGCCCCUGGAGGCCACCUAGUCGAUGUGAUCCCCGCUCUUCGCCACCUCCCUACAUGGUUCCCUGGCGCCGGCUUCCGUCGAAGGGCGUGUGUUUGGUCCCAGACCCUUUCGCAGAUGGUAGACCAGCCCUUCGCAUUCGUACAACAGCAGAUGGCCGCCGGGGUCGCGCAGCCCUCCUUCACGUCAGUCAUGCUCGAAAAUAAGAACAUGACCCAAGAGGAGCUGUUUGAUCUAAAAUGGAGUGCCGCGAGCCUUUACUCAGGUGCAGCUGACACCACUGUUUCUGCGCUCUACGCGUUCUUCCUGGCUAUGACGAUGUUCCCUCACGUCGCGAAAAGGGCCCAACAGGAGAUCGACGCUGUCAUCGGGACCGAUAGAUUACCUGGGUUUGCGGAUCGGGAACGGCUUCCGUUCGGACGCCUCGCUAUCUGGAUGUCCGCCACCUCGCUCAUCUCUCCCCCUUCUAAAGCCGUUCCCCACCGUGUCAUGCAGGACGACGUGCACGACGGGUAUCUCAUCCCUAAAGGAUCUUUGGUCAUCCCUAAUGUUUGGAAGAUAACUCAUGAUCCACGGACAUAUCGAGACCCUAUGGUCUUCAAUCCGGAUCGGUUCCUCAGUUCUGAGACCCGAGCAGCUGAGCCUGAUCCGAGGGACAUCUGCUUUGGCUUUGGGAGACGAACCUGUCCCGGAGCCCAUUUGGCAGAUACAACCCUCUUCAUCAUGUGCGCCACCACAUUGGCAGUUGUGGAUAUUUCUAAACGUAUAGAGAACGGCGUCAUUGUCGAGCCUGUCCACGAGAACACGACGGGCACAAUUAGCCAUCCCAAGCCCUUCAAAUGUUCGAUUAGGCCUCGUUCGGAAAAAGCUGUCUUUCUCAUCCAAUCCGAGGAUGUAAACUAG